CUCUGGGACUAAGCCCCAGCCUUUUCACCGUCUUUCCUAAGGCCCGGCAAGCCACCCCCUACGCCCUCCCUCCUCGCCAGCCUCCUCCCCUCUCCUCCUCCCAGGACUAGGCGCACUCCCUCCUGCCCCCCAUCCAUUAAUGUCUGGGCUUUGAGGUGAGGAGAAAGAAGGGGGAACCGACUUGCAGGAGCUGCGGCACAGUCCCCCUGCGCCCACAAACCCCGACCCCAACGGAAAAAAAGCUGAGAAGGAUCCCCAAAAAGGGGGAGGGGAGGGAAAAAAGAGAGAGACAGACAGACAGAGAAAUCCAAACAGCAGCAAAAAAUACCCCGAAACAAAACCCAAGCCAGCCGCCGCCUGUGAGCGAGCAGCGGGAGCGCUCCCGAGGCGCGGCAGCGGCGCUGGGGGCCGGCGCGGCUCGGAGCGGCCCGCCUGCCCGUGGCGGCGGCGGGGCGGCUCUUCGCGGAGCGACGCGGAGGCCUGGCGGCGGCGGGGAGAACGCCUGCCCGCCCGCCGCGCCGCGCCGGCCGCCACCGAUGCGCUGCCCCGCCGCCGCGCCAUGACCCUGAGCUCGGAGAUGUCCGAGGCGUCGGCGCUGGCUGAGGAGACCGACAUCGAUGUGGUGGGCGAGGAGGACGACGAGGAGGACGACGAGGAGCCGCAGACCCGCCGUCGCCGCCGCUCCUACGCCGAGGACGAGGAGGAGGAGGAGGAGGAAGAGGACGAGGAGGAUGUGGGCGAUCUCCACGACGCCGCCCUGCUGCCGCGAUCGUCCGUGCGCGGCGGAGGUGGCGGCGGCGGCGGCGGCGGGGCGGGCGGCGGGGACAGUGCCGGCGGCUCUCGGCCCCCCUCGCGGGGUGGCCCCCAGAAGGCGACGGCGAGCGGCGGCGGGGCGGGCGGCGGCGGUGGGGCGGGCGGCGGCGGUAAGAACAGCUUGGUGAAGCCGCCCUACUCCUACAUCGCCCUCAUCACCAUGGCCAUCCUGCAGAGCCCCAAGAAGAGGCUGACGCUGAGUGAGAUCUGCGAGUUCAUCAGCGGGCGCUUCCCCUACUACCGAGAGAAGUUCCCCGCCUGGCAGAACAGCAUCCGCCACAACCUCUCCCUCAACGACUGCUUCGUCAAGAUUCCCCGGGAGCCCGGCAAUCCUGGCAAGGGCAACUACUGGACGCUGGACCCCGAAUCUGCCGACAUGUUCGACAACGGGAGCUUCCUGCGCCGCCGAAAGCGCUUCAAGCGGCAGCAGCUCCCGGCUCCCGAGCUUCUGCUGCGCGCCGUGGACCCCGCCGCCUUCCUCCCGCAGCCCCCGCCGCAGCCUCCGCAGCAGCCACCCUGCACCUACGGACCCUACGGCUGCGGCUACGGUCUCCAGCUCCAGCCCUACCACCCCCACUCCACUCUCUUCGCCUUCCACCACCCCUCCCCGCCGCCCCGCCAACCGCCCGCCGCCCCUGGCAGCGCCCCCGGUGCGGCGCUGCCCCCCGCCGCCGCCGCGCCGCCGGGCCCCUUGCUGCCGGCGGCGGAGCUGGCACGGACGCCCUUCGGCUACGCGCACCCGCUGGGCACGGCGCUGGCGGCCUCGCUGCACUCUGCCAAGCCCGGCAGCGGCGCGGCGCUGGCCCGCUCGCCGUUCUCCAUCGAGAGCAUCAUCGGGGGGGGGCCCGGCCCCGGCGCGGGCAGCAGCUGCGCCUCGCAGUCGGCCGCGGCGCCGGGGCUGGCCCGCUCGCUGGGGAGCGCCGGGGGCGGUGUGCCCCCAGCCGCCGCCCUGCCCGCCGCCCCCGGCUUCGCGGCACGGAUCUCUAACUGUUAAGUGUUUGGGAGUCUUUCCGAAGCUUGUUGCCAGUGGCUCCCUCAUCCGCAGCUGUAUUCCUCCCACUUCCCUUGGCGCCGGCCACACGCACCAUCGGAAUCCGGGCACGGGCAGGAACCGGCUGCCUUGUGCUCGCAGCCGGGCGCAUCACGAGCAGGUAGGUGUCUGCUCGGCCUCCGCCGCCCCUCACCCCCAGGCUCCGAUGAUCUGCCGCAGGUGAUUUCAGAGCCUCUACGCCCUUCUCCACAAGUCCUUUCUGCUCUGCAACCCCCACCGUGAGAGCCACGUCGAGCAGCCGCCGUGGGCUCUCUGCUCUCUGCCCGUUCCUGCCCUGCAAGGCACGACAAAGAUGUUUAGGAGACAUUCGCCACAAGUGUGUAUGUGUGUGUGUAUGUGUGUGUGUGUGUGUGUAUAUGUGUGCAGGCAAAUGGCACUCCAGAAGGUAACAAGCUGCUGCCGGAUCCAUGCUGCGGCAACAACCAUUCUCAAUGCCUCUUUAAUCUCAGUGCCAUCUUUAUGCAAAUGGGUGCAUGUCGAUUUUGGGGACAGGCAGAGAAAUGCAGGCGAGCCCCAAAUCGGUAAACCUCUCGUUCCUGUUUUUCACUUGCAGGACAACUCUGGUCCCCACCGCCGGCCCCCGCCCGAAGGUGUGCUGUGAACUACCGGCACUGGAGCCACGCCGGACCCCUGCCCGCCGCCCGGCCCAGCUCGCCGCUCAGUUCCCGGCACGCUCCAGAAGAACAGAGGCAAAGGCUGUGGGGCUUGGGGGGUGCACACCUCAGCAACCUCAGACCAGCCCGGCUGCAGCAGCAUGGGUGGCACCGAGGGCUGUGCACGACCGCGCAGCGGCGCAGGGCCUCCGCGGCCUCGGCGGUGCUGCCCGUGGGAGCGGGGAGGCACCCGGCGGCGUCUCAGCGAGAAUCACCGCGUAAGGCACACAGAAGCUGCACAUUGUAAGAUGUGUUCUAAGUGCAGAGCUCCGGCUCCGCGGACUGUCGCGGCGAGGGACGGAGAGGCACACACUGCGCUCUGCUCCACGGAGGAACCUACCGGCUAGGCCUCGGAGUGCACAAAAACUAGAAAAACAUAUGGACUGGAGCAUACGAAAGGCACUUUUUUUUUUUCCUUUUUCUUUUUUUUUAAGUGCUGAGUCUCGCCAAUUUCAGAAAUUGUACCGCUGAGCUGAAUUCAGAAGGAAACUUGUGGAUUUUUUUUCAAUCAAAAUAAUUAAACUUGCCCUUCCUCCAAGUCAUAAGAGACCUGUUGAAUUGAUUCUGAGUUUCUCUUUCCCUGAUGGAGCAAACGGCAUGCAGAUGUCUGCGGGACCCCAUAUUCAGAUGAUAAGUUAUACAAUUUAUGUUGGAAGCAAAAGAAUAAAUAGAUAAUUCAUCUUUUGCAUUAAUUCGUUUUCUAAGAGCGGGGAAAGCCUUAAUGACAGUUAAUCCGAAGGUAUUUCUGUUCCCUCCGCACAAUAGAAAACCAUUUGCAUGCAUCGAAACGCAUGUGUACGUUCAGACAUGUGUGCCCCUCACCCAGUGAUGCCACCUUCCCGAGCAACUGUAGCACUGCAGUGGUCUCUCUGGCAAAUUCCUAGGCUUUGGAAAGUCCUUGUAAAACCCGGGUAUACGUCUCUUCGUACCGCGGUGGUCGUAGGUCUUCUUCUCUAAUUUCAUUACAGCAGAGUACAUGCACACCUGUAUACACGAAAUACAUGAAAUACACACAAUCAAGAUAAAUGAGGUGUCUUCCCUGGGUUUUCUUUUCGUAAAAUAAACACUGUCACGUCUGCUUAUUCAGCAACCACUAGACGAAACAGAUAGCUUUCUAAUGUACGUGUAUACAGUGAAAUUCCACCUGUCGGCUGCACUAAGAGAGGGAUAGAGGAGGACAGUCUCUUCGAAUCAAUAACUCACGAUUAAAAGAACCAUUGGUGAGGAAAAAAUAAUGUCCAGCUCUGAGUGAGGAGGGACAGAUGUGUCAGGUGACUUUGCCCUAAAGUAGACGGGAUUGGAAAUAAUGGACCAUGGAAAAAAUAGUUUAAUUUUUCAUUGCAGCCUGCCUCUGAUUGCAAAAAAUCCCGUCUGGGAAAGCUCGGUGGUUUCUGUCAAGCAUCCUCCCCUCCUUCCUGGAAUUCCGUAACUUGUCUUUUUCCAUGCAGACGGCGCUGGCUAUGGGGCAGCGCACGCAAAUGUGUAUCAUCGCACUGUCCCGCAAGCGCUCGGCAGCCGGUGGCCCCGCUAACACCAAACACAGACCUCUUCCCCUCUACUUCCCGCUUCUGUACGAGAAGCCAAAGGGCGGCCCUUCUCUGGAAAUUAACCUCUUUAGAUCGCUUUCAGCACGACUUCCCUCGCCAUGAUUCUUCUCCGGGUGCUCAGACAUCUGCCGGCCGGGACACCAUUUUCGGGGGAAUCCCUAGUCCCACCCGGCCGCCCAUGAGGCAGGUACCCCGUCCCCCACACCGAAGCGGAGCUACCGACGAGCCACGCGGAGUGAACGUUUCUGCUUUUAAACAGACUACCUUCCCCUCCAGCCUCCUCCCCCCCCAGAGGGAGUCCGCAAAAACCUGCUAACACACGCGGGCAAGCCAAACCUGGCGGUCCCACAAGAGCUUUUGAAACCAGUCCCAGAGAUGCUGCUGCGCCUGCGGCUGCAAGACGGCGCGGUCCGCCCGGGUGAGCGGCGCAAAACUCCGCGGCCGCGCCGGGGCGGAGCCUGGGGCCCUGCGGCAGACCGGCUGGAAGGAACCGUGUUCUGUGCCUCCUCCCGGCCUCAGGUACGCUGCCGCCCUGACUGGGCUGCGCUGGGCCGCCCUCUGGCAGAGCAGACCACUGCCACCGUCGAGCGAGCGGCCUGGGUUGAUUACUCGCCCUGACGCGGACAACUCGCGGCCCGGUCCGGUCCUGCCUUCGGCAACCACGCAAGGCAUUUGGAGACACUGUGGGGCGCAUGGGGGCGUGCGGGGUGAGGGGAGCCCGCUGCCGACGCUAUAAAUCCCUCGGCAAUUGAGUUCUGCACCUUUGAUUUGAAAAAUCGGAUUCUUUGAGUGGAAACAGUUGACAGGAACCUAAAAGGAUUAGCUGCAUUCCACACAGGAUCAUUUUUACUCGUAACAUUUUGAAACGAUUGAUCCCUUCCAGACCAUAAACAAUGUCCAGAAAAAUGA